AUGUCUUCCUCGUCGGACAACCCCAACACGGUCACCGACCGCGGCCUCUUCAGCAAGAGCAGCAAGGACGAGAAGAAGAAGCAGGAGGAGAAGAAAGAGGAGGAGGAGGGCGGCGGCGGGUUCAUCGACAAGGUCAAGGACUUCAUCCACGACAUCGGCGAGAAGAUCGAGGAGGCGGUGGGGUUCGGCAAGCCGAGCGCGGACGUGGCCCGGAUCCACGUGCCCCACAUCGGCCUCCACCGCGCCGACCUCGUGGUGGACGUGCUCAUCAAGAACCCCAACCCGGUGCCCAUCCCGCUCGUCGACAUCGACUACCUCAUCGACAGCGACGGCCGGAAGCUGGUGGCGGGCCUCAUCCCGGACGCCGGCACCAUCCGCGCGCACGGGGAGGAGACGGUCAAGGUGCCCAUCACGCUCGACUUCGACGACAUCCGGAGCACCUACGCGGACAUCAAGCCCGGGAGCAUCAUCCCCUACCUGCUCCGGGUCGUCUUCCUGGUGGACGUGCCCGUGUUCGGCCGCAUCAAGAUCCCGCUGGACAAGUCCGGGGAGAUCCCGAUCCCGUACAAGCCGGACGUGGACGUGGACAAGAUCAAGUUCCACCACUUCUCGUUCGAGGAGACCACCGCCACCAUCCACCUGAGCCUGGAGAACAAGAACGACUUCGACCUCGGGCUCAACCUGCUGCAGUACCAGAUGUGGCUCGGCGACGACAGCGUGGUGGAGGCGGAGCUCACCGAGUCCACCAGGAUCGAGAAGCAGGGGAUCACCAAGAUGCAGAUCCCAUUCACCUUCAGGCCCAAGGACCUGGGAUCUGCCGUCUGGGACAUGAUCAGGGGCAGGGGAACUGGGUACAGCAUCAAGGGCAAGAUCGAUGUCGACACACCCUUUGGCAACAUGAAGCUGCCCAUCGACAAGGUCGGCGGAACCACUCGCCUCAAGAAGGACGACGACGAUGACGAGGUAUAUCAUUUCAUUUCUGUUGAUUGUUUCCUCUGCAUCUUGCUUAUUGCUGUGCAAUCAUCAGACCAGCUGGACGAGGCUUGUCCUGUUUUGACUAGGAUAGUUGACAAUGGAAGAAAUUGA